CGAGAGAAACCAGUCGGACGUCCUCUGCGCCUCCGGUUCACACAUUGCAGGAUUCAGACGCGCAACCGGAGGAAUGCGAGGCAAAAAUCGGUGUUUAUCUGGACUUUUGGAUGAGAGAACUUCCUUUUAACGCGUGCGUUUUGGUUUCGAGAGUCUCCGGAGCCCAUAAAAAGACUUUAAAAUGUCUCACCAGCAGCGACUUGUUCAGCUCUCAGCAGCUUCGCUGGCUGUAGUUUUCGGUCCGGACGAGGAGAGUGUGCGCGCCGGCGGAGGGAAACUCGGCGGCACCAGUGCGAGCGGUCAGGAGAUUUUCGAUGACUUUAAAGCGCAAAACUCGCGAAGUUUCUGGAAUAAGAGACUGGUCACGGCUAUAGCUGAGGUGUACUUUCAGGGAUGGAUGGAAAACUUGGUGCUUUUCAUUCAAGGCAACGCCAGCAACUUGGAGGUGCUGAGGGAAGCGUGGAUGCGCAGGGCUUUGAGGUCACCGAAGGGAUUUAUCAUUAAAGCUGUCGGUGACCUUUCCCCAGUGCAGAUGUCGCCUGUUCCUCAGUCCCAGUUCAUUCCCCUGGCUGAGGUGUUGUGCUCAGUCAUCUCAGACAUGAACUCUUCCCAGAUCACCGUCAGUCAAGACUCACUUGUCAACUACAUGAGCAAAGCUCAUCCAGGGAUAACCAUCCCCACUCAGGACAUCCUCUAUAAUGCUUUAGGCAAUCUGAUCAAGGAACGCAAGAUUUACCACACAGGCGAGGGCUACUUCAUCGUCACUCCACAGACUUAUUUCAUCACCAACAACAUGGUCAGAGAGAAGAACUGGUGGACUUCUUCUUCGGCAGAUGAUGCUCCUUUACCUCCUCCCGUUACUUACCUGCUAAGUAACGACAUCUGCGUCGAGAGCACACAAACGCCCCCAGUCGCCCACUGCAAGUCCUGCAGCUGUUUUAGCCCCCUCCAAAUUUCCACUAAUGCCAUGACUGCUCCAGCAACUGUCCCUCCCUCCACCGUCCCAGAUCAGCAUUCCGUGUCCGUGUCCAUAAGCGAAUGCACGGGGAAAAGCUUAAAGUGGCCGCGACCUUUAGAUCACAAACCCACCGUGCAACAUCAGUCCACCUCCACUGCAGCAGAUUGUCAGGCAAGUGAGAUCAGCAAGACUACAGCCACUACUAACGCCACCAGCCGCAAAGAAAAAGAUAAACCAGGGAGGAGGUUUGGGCUCAGUUUGUUCCGGAGGAAUGGAGGAAAAAAGGAGAAACCGAAGAAGGAGUAUGCAUCUUUUUCAGGCCAGUUCCCUCCAGAAGAGUGGCCUGUAAGAGACGAGGAUGACCUGAACAACUUACCCCGUGAUCUGGAGCAUGCAAUCAUCAAACGCAUCAACCCUGAGCUAACUGUGGACAAUCUGACACGCCACACGGUCCUCAUGAAGAAGCUGGAGGAGAGAAGGGAGCGAGGGAUGGAAAAAGUACUGGACAAGGGUGUUGAUAAAGAUGAUAAGGGAGUUGACAAGGGAAUGUCUACUGAGAUAUUGGCAUCUUCAAAACUGAGGCAUCAUCACUCAUCCAAGGCAGGAGCAGGCAAAAGAUCUGCUCAGAAAGCCUCUCGCAGCAAGAGGAGGAGCCACUCAUCCAAAGAGAAGCACAGGGAAAAGGAGAAGGAGAAGGUUAAGAACAAAGCUUCCAUAUGUGCGGAGAAUUAUCCAGAGGGGGAGGAUUUGAUCCCUACGCGGCUCAGAGUGGAAAUCGCUGUUGAUGAACCAGUUCAAGUGGAAGAAUGUGGAACUGCUGAGGGAAAGUCUCUUUAUAAGAAACGCAUUGAAAACCCUUUUCAGACACAUCCGCUGAAAGAAGCCGAGAACAGAAUUCCCGCUGCCAGAGAGCACAGAAGACGAGAGGUGAAAGAGCACAAGACUUCGGGAUCAGGGAGGAAGGACCGAACGAGUCAUCGCUCCAAAUCUUGGGACCCACACCGGGCCAGACUGAUGGCAGCAGAUGGAGAGAAUGAAGUGAAAUUCACUACAUCUGAAGAACAAUACAACUGCAGCCCUGAGAGGGACUUUACUGCUGAUCUUCUUUUCCAAUCGGACACGAAGCCCAGCAGAGAGCUGCCACUAAACUACAGCUCAGUCUACCCACAGAGCAGUACGCUUCGCAUAGAUGACAAGGUCAGACAGAGAGAGGACAGAGAGAGCAAACAUUUUCAGGAUGCCCCAGAAUAUGACAGUGUGCCAGAUCGCAGCCAAAAUAUAGUUGGAAGUCUUCCUAACAUCCAGCAGUAUUCCAGUGCUAAUGCCUCUCUCUCCACCCAUCCCUAUGAGCUUGCCAUAAUAAACAAUGCAUAUGAUCCAAAUCUGCCAUGGCCCAAGCCCUCUUUACAGCGGAAACAUUCCCUCAGACUCUCCAACCCACAAAAAGACAGCACACAGAGGCCUAAUGAGCUCUCUGAAACUACAGAGACCCAGAACCUGCAAGAGAUAAGACCUGUCACUAUCAAUAACAGAGAGCAAAGAGCCAUGAGCCUGGGAGAAAGGCUGGAACUGACAUCUAACAGCACUCCCUUGGUAACAGACACUGAUGGCUUUAUAGAGGACGACUGCAGACUUUAUCAGAGAGCAGCUGAUCAGGAGGAUGAUGAUGCCUGCAGCUCAUUGUGCCUGAAUGACGAUGAGGUUACAGAGGAUGCAAGUAAGUACACAACAGGUGGUGCGGACUAUCAGGGUCACCAGCUGGUUUACCAAAACCGCGACUCUAAUCUGAAGAAUCAGGGACCACACAGUCGCCAUUUUAAAUCCAACUUUCACCAGCCAGAAAAAACCUUAAUGCAGGGGUCAGCAGAUCGAAUUUCUCUGGCAGUCCAGAGGGAAGAUUCCCUCAGCCCGUCCAGACCUGAAGACACCAGCUGGAGACUCCAUCGUCAACACCAGAAGAUCAGAUCACCAAGAACCGAAAGCGAAUCCAGCCCAAAACGGGAUGCAGCGAUCCAGGGAGAAAGACGGCACAAAGAUGACCUUGAUUUGGACUGUUCAGAAGCAUGUGAAGUCGGAGACAGUAGCAUCUUUGACUACUGCCAGACUAGCGAGAUCGAAUCGGACACAGAGACUGUGAGGAAGUCGGCUGAUGAAGGUGACGGCGAGUCUGCUCACUGGGCAGCUGAGGUGGAGAAGAAGGAGGAGGAAGAGGAAGUGAAGCAUGUACCUCAGGCCCACAGGGCUGCUCUGAGCAUGCCCGAUGGAGCUAGAGGGCCAGACGUUAGGGAAGCUGUGGAAACGGGAGAGAAUCAGAGCAUCACGGGAGACAGCGGUAUAGAUUCUCCUAGGACCCGGGUCAGCUUGGCAUCUAGCAACACCGUCAUUCUUGAAGGUCUCAAGAGAAGAGGCUUUUUGCAGAACCUGGAGAAACUGCAUUCGAAGAGCAGUGCCAUUCGACCACAGAGCUCACUGCUGCAGCUGACUCCUGUCAUGAACGUAUAGCAGGCCGGAGCUUCACGUUGGACCUUCACGGGUCUCAUCUGGAAGAGGCCUCAAACCUCGCAGUUAUAUACAACUGUUAGUAAGAUAUCCAAUAUCACAGUUUUAUGCAUAUCUUCACAUAAUGAUAGCCAUUGCUAAAGAGGCAUCUGUACAGGUGUACAGUAUAUAUUUUGUGUUUUUGUAAAUAACUUUAAAGUGAUAUGCCAUGGUGCAUGGUGUAUUAGCAGCACUGUGUGUCAUUUAAGUGUACAGUUUUCCUUCUCUACAGCUCUAGUGUUGCCCUUUUUCUUUCUUAUCAUGUAGAAAUUACUACAAAUAAAACUGUAUAUAUA